AGGAUGUCGGAAUGACACGUUGUCUGUAGCGGUAAUGACUAACGUCACUGUCUACUUGCGCAUUGUUGCUUUGUGCGCACAGGCUAAACAACGCGAUGAAGUGAGCUAACAUCAAGCUAUUUCUCGAUCAAACGUGACAGUCACGCCAAGCAACGAAUACAAUAUUUGAAUGCUUCAACCCAGCGUUGAAAAGAUUGUUUUAGCUCCUCGCUACUAGCCUGUCAAAAACCACAACAAUGUUAGUCAUGGUAUAAACUGUCGACGGCUAUCUAACGUUAGCUAGCUAACGACUGGGCUAAUCUUUGGCAAAUGCACCGUCCUACCUGUUGCAGCUGCCAGGUCAGGCGCGAACAUGGAGUCUAUGCUGAACAAGCUAAAAAGCACCGUCACCAAAGUGACGGCGGAUGUCACCAGCGCCGUCAUGGGCAACCCGGUGACGCGGGAGUUUGAGGUUGGACGACAUAUCGCCAGCGGGGGUCCCGGCUUGUGCUGGAGGAUCUACAAUGGCACCAAGAAGUCAACUAAACAGGAAGUAGCAGUGUUUGUGUUCGAUAAGAAGACGAUUGACAAGUAUCAGAAAUUUGAGAAGGACCAAAUCGUUGAUUCGCUGAAAAAAGGGGUGCAACAGCUGACCAGACUGCGUCACCCCCGUCUCCUGACGGUGCAGCACCCUCUUGAAGAGUCGCGAGACUGCUUGGCGUUCUGCACAGAGCCGGUCUUUGCCAGUCUGGCCAAUGUUCUGGGCCAGUGGGACAACCUGCCCAGCCCCAUGCCCAACGACAUCAAGGAGUACAAACUCUAUGAUGUGGAGACCAAGUAUGGCUUGUUACAGAUCUCGGAGGGGUUGUCCUUUCUCCACAGUGGGGUGAAAAUGGUCCACGGCAACUUGUCUCCAGAAAACAUCAUCCUCAACAAGAGCGGAGCCUGGAAGAUCAUGGGCUUCGACUUCAGCAUCUCCACCACCGACCCCUCAGAUGUUGAGCCCAAGUACACGUGUAAAGAGUGGGAGCCCAACCUCCCUCCACUCUGCCUCCCCAACCCCGAGUACCUGGCCCCCGAGUACAUCCUGUCCGUCAGCUGUGACUCCGCCUCCGACAUGUACUCGCUGGGCGUGGUCAUGCACGCCGUCUUCAAUGAGGGCAAGCCUGUUUUCCAAGUCAACAAGCAUGACAUAUUUAAGAGCUUCAGCAGGCAGCUGGACCAGCUGAGCAGCAUAAGCCCAGCAGUGUUGAACAAGAUCCCAGAGGAGGUUCGGGAGCACGUCAAAAUGCUGCUCAGCAUUACACCCAACGUCCGACCGGAUGCAGACCAGAUAACGAAGAUUCCAUUCUUUGACGACGUGGGUGCUGUGACCCUGCAGUACUUUGACUCCCUCUUCCAGAGGGACAACCUACAGAAGUCCCAGUUCUACAAAAGCCUCCCCAAAGUCCUGCCCAAACUACCAAAGAGAGUGGUGGUGUAUCGUAUCCUGCCGGCACUGACCUCCGAGUUUGUCAACCCGGACAUGGUGCCCUUCGUGCUGCCCAACGUGCUGCUGAUCGCCGAGGAGUGCACCAAGGAGGAGUACGUUCAUCUCAUCAUGCCCGACCUCACGCCCGUUUUCAAGCAGCAGGAGCCCGUUCAGGUAGACGCGCAUACAGUGUUGUCAUGCAUGUGACUGCAACACAACUGCUCAACAUUACUAUUGUAGUCUA